AUGGCCAGCCGUCAUAACUCGUUCUCUCUUGCCGCCGCCGCUGCUGCUGCUGCUGCUGCUGCCGCGGCUGGAGGCAACUCGGCAGGGCCACACCAACCAGCACCUGGUUCUGCUGCUGCUGCUGCUGCUGCUGCUGCUGGUGCAGGCUCUGCUGCUACUGCUGGUGCAGGCUCUGCUGUAGGAAGCUUUGGUGCCCCUCUGUCGCUCCCGCUGUCCCUGCCACUUAGCCGGCAGAGCUCCCUUGGAAAGAGGGAGAGGGGAAGGGAGAGGGAGGGGGAGAGGGAGAGGGAGAGGGAGAGGGAGAGGGAGAGGGAGAGGGAGAGGGAGAGGGAGAGGGAGAGGGAGAGGGAGAGGGAGAGGGAGUGGGAGAGGGUUGAGACGCGCAGCAUGGGCAGUGGAAUGAGUGUGGCGGGGCAUGCGGAUGGAGACAUGAUCCCGCCUCUGCUCAUGUCUCCGUCCAGGGUGGUGGCGACGAGGUGGCGGCAGAAGACGGAUCUGGACUCUCAGAACGCGCUGCUGCUCUUCUGCUGCUACGCUGUCUUCUCCAUGCUCGUCUCCUGCACCAUCUCCAUCUUCGCCCUCCUCAACCUUGUCUACCCCUCAUGCCACACCGUCCAUCCCCCUUUCCACCCUUCAUUCCACCUUUCCACCCCUCACCGCUCAGGGCGGGCGGCUGGAGGGGCACUUGGCGCUGCUGCUGCUGCUGAUGCACGUGCUGCUGUCCUACAGCCAGGGCGCCGUCUCUUCCUCGCCUUCGGCAUGCACGCGGGGCUCGUGCUGCCUCUCGUGGCUGCUCGGGAAUGGUGGCGCAAGCAGCGCCUCUCCUUCCUCGGGGAGGUGUCUCCAUUCUUCGCGGACGAAUGGCAGUACCUCGCACCAGACGACGACUACCCCAUGCCAGGUGCCGCCCAUUCAAACAGCAUGAUGCUCGCACGAGGCUGGUCCAUGAACCCAGCGCAGCUGCAGCUCUUCCCCCGGGACUGGGACCUCUACUCCCGGGGGUGGGAGGACGCGUUGAGUGUGAGGGACGAUGGCAUGAGUGUGCGUGACUACUACCCUUCAUAUCCGAUUGAUGAGGGGGAUGAGGACACGGUGGUGAGUUCGGAUGGGGGAGGGGAUGAUCAAACGGACCGGGACGAUGCAGAGACUGUGGUGGAGGUCACAGAAGACUCGGUCUUCUGA